GUGUGUGUGCGCGCGUGGAAGCCUGAUGAAAUGAAAUGCCAGGAUUGGGCUACCUCCAGGGAGAGCCUCUCCAUCCUAUAAUGUGAGCCAGCCAGCAGCACUGUGGGAUCAGGGAGAAGCUGCAUCCAUCAAGCGACGGGCCUCUGGAGGACCAGGCGUGAUCCAACGGGAGGGGAGAUAUUUUUUUAAAAUUAUUGUUCUUAGCUGAGGAGAGAAGGGAUUGUCGUCAUCCCCCCAUCCAUCCUUUUUUUUUUCUCUGUGGUGCCCCCUCCUGCCUCCUCCGCCUCCACUCUCAUUUUUCCCCCUCAUUCUUCUAGAGGCACUCGUUGGAAUAUCAAACCUCCAUGUAUGACAAUUUGUACCUGCAUGGAUUUGAAGACUCGGAGGCGGGCUCAGCUGAUUCGUAUACUAGUAGACCAUCAGACUCAGAUGUCUCUCUGGAGGAGGAGCGGGAGGUGCAGGCCCAGGUCCAGAGCCAGAGCCCAAGCCAGAGCCAAGGACCGGGACAGAGCCGUCAGGAGAGGGAGCAGCAGGCCACCAUUCAACUGGAGAGAGCCAAGACUAAACCUGUGGCAUUUGCUGUAAGGACCAACGUCAGCUAUUGUGGUGCACUGGAUGAGGAUGUUCCAGUACCAGCCACAGCCAUCUCCUUUGACGCCAAGGAUUUCCUCCACAUAAAAGAGAAGUUCAACAAUGACUGGUGGAUAGGUCGGUUAGUGAAAGAGGGCUGUGAGAUCGGCUUCAUCCCCAGCCCUCUGAAGCUCGAGAACAUCCGGCUCCAGCAGGAGCAAAAGAGAGGACGAGUCCAAGGUAAGUCUGGAGGGAACUCUUCUUCCAGUGUAGAGGAUGAGGUAUCUGCCUCUAUCCGACCCCUAAUAUCCUCAGCAGGAAAGCAGAAACAGAAAGUGACGGAGCACAUUCCCCCGUACGACGUGGUUCCCUCCAUGAGGCCUGUAGUGCUGGUGGGACCCUCGCUCAAGGGUUAUGAGGUGACAGACAUGAUGCAGAAAGCACUGUUUGACUUCCUCAAGCACAGAUUUGACGGCAGGAUAUCUAUCACACGUGUCACGGCAGAUAUAUCAUUAGCCAAGCGGUCUGUUCUCAACAAUCCCAGUAAGAGGGCCAUCAUUGAAAGAUCCAACACUCGCUCCAGCUUAGCUGAGGUUCAAAGUGAGAUCGAGAGGAUCUUUGAGUUGGCGCGCUCCCUGCAGCUGGUGGUGCUGGAUGCUGACACCAUCAACCACCCAGCCCAGCUGCUCAAGACCUCCCUGGCCCCCAUCAUUGUGCAUGUCAAGGUCUCCUCGCCAAAGGUCCUGCAGAGGCUAGUCAAGUCCAGAGGAAAGUCCCAGAGCAAACACCUGAAUGUCCAGCUUGUGGCGGCAGACAAAUUGGCCCAGUGUCCCCCAGAAAUGUUUGACAUCAUCCUGGACGAGAACCAGCUGGAGGACGCCUGCGAGCAUCUCGCCGAAUACCUGGAGGCCUACUGGAAAGCAACCCAUACCUCGAUGGCAACGCCCCUAAACCCCCUGCUGGGACGCAACCUGGGCCCAACCACUCUCACCCCCUAUCCCACCAGCAUCUCUGGACUGCAGCAGAGCCAAAGAAUGCGACAGAGCAACCACACGGGAGAUCAUUCCACCCCGAACGAACGACGCAACCUGAUGACAUCGGACGAGAAUUACCACAACGAGCGGGCGCACAAGGGACGCAACCGCAUGUCGUCUGGUUCGCAGCAUAGCCGAGAACAGCAGGACCCCUACCAGGACUACCAGGACCCCUAUCAGGAUGCAUACAAGCCACAUCGCAAUCGCAGUUCACCGGGCAGCUACAGCCAUGACUCCCGGCACCGGCUCUGAGCCCAAGUCUAUCACCACCGGGGCCCAAAUGGCCCAGAUACCACCCAAAAUAAACGCUGCAACAGAGCCAAGAUGGUCCCAAAUUGUACCUUUUUGUUUUAGUUUGCGUUCAUUUGUUUUAUCUACCUGGCAAUUUUUCUCUUUCAAAGUCAAACAAAGUCAUGUUCAGGUGUUUGUUUUUAAUCAAGCUGCCAGGGCAACCCCAUCAAUCAACAGCGUGAGUAGUCAAGAGGUUCAGGAUGCCAACAUUAACUUAUGCUGUAAAAUCAAUUCCUCUAAUUUAUGUUACUGGGACCUUUUGGGAUUGUACUAACACGAUGCUCAGCAGACGUGCAGCGCAGAUUGUGCUUGUUGCCUGUGUCAGCAAGCUAAUUAUGGAUAGUGGUCAGAUGGUGAUGGUGUAUGGGCUUCUAAGUGCCUGGGACAUCGCACCAGGUCAGAGGGAGGUCCAUUGCACACAGACUGCUGAAGGCUGCUGACCCCUAUUGUGGGCCAUGUAUAAAUCCUCUCACCAUUUAGCUUAUUGCAUGCUGAUAGAUGAUCAACCUCCGCAUCCACUUCAUUGAUAUUUUGUACCCAGCAUUCUGGAUUCUCCCGAGAUGAGGUGUAGAUACGGAGGUCCAAUUUUCUAAAUCACCUGACUGUGGGUAGGCGGAAGGUGCUGGGUUUGUGGUGGGGCGUGAAGAUGAUAUUUGGUUGCUAGUUUUGAAAACUGGUGCUUCACAUUCCCAAACUAUUUUGCUAUUUGAAAGUCACUUUGAGCAAGGCCAGCUUUUCUGUAGCAUAGCUUUAGGAUUUCAUUUGGGUGAAGACCCUCACCGUCAUAAGCAGAAACAGGUUCUGAUGGUGCUGGGAUCAGAUCUCAGUUACACUGUAGGGGAAGGCAAUACUGCUUCUGUUCUAAACAGGUAGCACUUAGCGAGUUAGAGAAGGAAAUAGAUGUGACAGUCUGUCAGAUAGUAUAGUGAAAUACAAUAGCAAAAUAAUACUUGAGAUGCAUUUGAUGUUGUUGAGAUGUGGACCAGCAUAAAAACCAACGCUGCGAGAACCUUUCGAGCAGUUUGGGAUGUUCUGUCUGAUGUUUUUGCCCCUGCCAGCGUGAAUAAUAAGAUUUGGAACUUUUUAUUUAUUUAUUUUUUUAGUUUAACAGACCUAAAGGAGCAUCUGCUGCUGAAGCUACAGGUUGUUUUGCAUUUAUUAGCAAUGAAAUCAGUCAUUUAGAGGUAAAACAAAACGUGUACAUGUUGGUUACCAAGUCAAUAGUAAGUCAUGCAAUUGGUUAAUUGCUAUCAAUGUUCCUUCUGUUGGUUUUAGGGGAUUAAAGCAUUAAAAAUGUGACAUGGCAGGAUCGAUUGCAUCAUGUUCAUUCUCUGUGUAGCUGGCAUGUUGUCCUGACUGCAGAGCAUGUUCCCUCCAAACGUAAAAUAGAACCCUUCUGUAAUCAAGUUGAUGUUUGUAGAAGUA